ACGUAUUAUAUGAACGACUCAUAUAUUGUUUACAUUUACUGUAUUUUGUCGUCAAUUGUUUGAAAACGCAUUGAUUUCGUCGCUGAAGACAUUAAUUGUGUGACCAAUUGGUUGUCAUUUAAGACAAUAAUAAAGACAUUUCCGAAAAGACAAUGAGUUUCUUCGGUUCGACCGCUGGUGUGACUCAACCGAUGUUUGGGUCGACCGGCACGUCAUCGAUGUUCGGGUCGUCCACUUCAUCGCUGAAUCCAUUGUUGUCCUCUCAAUCACAUAACCCGAUGAAAGACUUGGAGGUUAUGUCUCCACCGGAUGACUCAAUUAGUUGUCUUAUGUUUAGUCCGCCAUCGCUUCAACAAAAUUAUCUGAUGAGUGGUUCGUGGGAUAACCAGAUCCGAUGUUGGGAAGUGUCGGGCAAUUCACAGACAAACAAUUGGUCGACAGUUCCCAAAGCACAGCAAACACACGCCGGACCUGUUCUCGACCUCGCCUUCAGUGAUGACGGAACAAAAGUCUUCAGCGCCUCUUGUGAUAAGACAGUGAAGAUGUGGGAUCUGAAUAGCAAUCAGUGUCUUCAAGUGGCACAACACGACCAACCGGUCAAAACGUGUCACUUCAUUAAAGCACAAAACUAUACCUGUCUUAUGACUGGCAGUUGGGAUAAAACACUAAAAUUAUGGGAUAUGCGAACACCAAACCCGGUACAGACAGUACAACUGCCCGAACGGUGUUAUUGUGCUGACGUGUAUUACCCGAUGGCAGUUGUGGGCACUGCUAAUAGAGGCAUAAUUGUGUAUUCAUUGGAACAGGGAUUACAAGCUUACAAAAGCGUGGAAUCGCCGCUUAAAUAUCAACACAGAUGUGUCUCAAUAUUCACCGAUAAAGAGAAGGCAAACCAACCGCCCACUGGUUUUGCUUUAGGUAGUGUUGAGGGACGGGUAGCAAUUCAGUAUGUGAAUCCAAUCAAUCCCAAAGACAACUUCACAUUCAAAUGUCAUCGAAGUAAUGGAACUAAUAAUGGAUUUCAAGAUAUUUUUGCUGUAAAUGACAUUGCUUUUCAUCCUCAUCACGGAACACUGGCCACUGUUGGAUCAGACGGUCGGUUUAGUUAUUGGGACAAAGAUGCCCGAACUAAGCUUAAGACAUCUGAACAGUUGGAACAGCCCAUUACAACGUGUUGUUUUAGUUCACGGGGAGAACUGUUUGCAUAUGCCGUGAGUUAUGACUGGUCUAAAGGACACGAAUACUAUAAUCCACAGAAAAAGAAUUAUAUUUUUCUUCAUCAUUGUUACGAUGAUCUUCGACCCCGAAGUAAAGGCAAAUGAAUAUCCCUUCC